CCGUCUCCAACUACAUUGGCGACAUGAAGACACCCAAGUUCUACUGGAACAAGGGCAACUGGAACCAGUGCCACGGCGAUAACAAGGGCACGACUGGUGGCAAAUAUACCACUGAAACCAUGAUCAGCUCGACCACCCCUGCCAAGUACCUCGUACGCGUGUGCCAAAAGAAGAAGCCAGUCGCCAAGUUCGACAUGCCAGAUCUCGAGCACGACGGGGUCCCUACCGACGAAGAGGUCCUAAAGGAGCUGCAAUCGCGCCUUGGCUAGGCUUGGAUGACACCGUCUGGGGUUCCUCAAUGCUUAUUGUACCUGUACAAUGUCAGCAACUACGGCGGCUGAUCUGGUUCAAUUUCCUUCUCUUCCCGAUUUGGGUUUCUUUUUCAGCACACAACAGUUCUAUACAUGGGCGUUGGGCCUGAUUUGGAACGGAGUAUCGGGCGAAAUGGCGUAGGUGCGAUGGAUCUGAGUUGGCUUCUGCUUAUGAUACCCGUUGUCAAAUAGACAGCACAACAGCAGCU